AUGUUUCGCACUCGUUCACAGUUCGUGGAUGAAGUGCUUAAUGGUCAGGAUGAAUGGUGCUUGGACAACUUUUGGAUGGAUAAGAACGUGUUCUACAAAUUGUGCCAGGUCUUGCAGUCGAGGGGCUUGCUGCGCCAUACGAACGGGAUCAAGAUCGAGGAGCAGUUGGCCAUAUUCUUGUUCAUAAUAGGCCAUAACCUGCGGACGCAAGCUGUUCGAGAGCUGUUUAGGUAUUCCGGAGAAACCAUUAGUCGGCAUUUCAACAAUGUCUUGAAUGCGAUUACGGUGAUUUCUUUGGAUUUCUUUCAGCCUCCUAGAAGCGAUGUGCCUCAAGAAGUCCUGGAAAAUCCUAGAUUAUACCCUUACUUUAAGACACAGGUAAAGUUGGUCGUCGCUGGAUGCGCUAUUCACAAUUACAUUCAUAGGGAGAAACCAGAUGAUUGGCUUUUUAGAAGGUUUGAGCAUGGAGAUGUGAUGCAAAUGGAUGACGCGUUGCCCUCUGUGGAGGUAGAACAGCCAAUGUUCUUUGAGAACCAGGACCUGGAUUUUCCAUUUGUAACAGAAGAUUUAGAAAUGUCUUUGCAAUUGCGUGAUUUACUUGGAAUUUAG